GUUCGAGUGACCAUGAAGGUAACGGGUCAAGAUGAUGUUCAGAAGGAAAUUGACAUCCGAAGGAUGGCUAAAGGCGAGUACUUUGGUGAAAAGGCCCUUUUGGGAGAGGGCAGACGUACUGCCAAUAUCUAUGCCGCUUCUCCUGAAGGCGUAGAACUUCUCUGUCUGUAUAGGAAGGACUUCUUGGAGCUCAUGGGCAACAUUGCAGAUCUUGAGCACAAGGAAUAUGUCGAUCUGGAACAUCUGCAAUCUCACGGAGGUCAAGUGCGGGUUGUGCAUCCAAUUAACCUCAACGAAGAUGACCCCACUGUUACCCUGACAUCAGCCGGUCCCACCUCGUUGGAUCAAUUGCUGGGUCAACGUGAGUCCAUGCCCGCCGUCGUUGGUGAGAGGACGGCCGAAUUGGACGCUCUCCGUAAACUUCACACCAAAGAAUACGAUGCCGCCGCAGACCUCAAAUUGUCCGACAUUGAACGCGUUGCUAUUAUUGGUCAGGGCGAGGAUGAAGAAGGUUCACAUUGUCGAGACCAAACAACAGGAUCACGUUCACUCCGAAAAACAGAUCCUCAUGUCCGUCGAUUCGCCCUUCAUUUGCAACCCAUUUUACUCCGUGCGGUUCACCUUCGAGAUCUGCGUGCCUGUGAUAUUCUACUUUCUUCGGGCGCUUUAGCACUGUGUUGUGCGCAGAAAUGUUCAACCAACUGUUCCGAUAUUUUGGAUAUUCUCUUUGAACCAGCGGGAGAUAGUGAUCUUUCAAUUUCUGAUGUCUCCUGUCUGCUCAUAUCAUACUGGACAAAGUUCUUGCAGAAAAUAUUUGCUGCAUCUAAAUCCAAUAAUGCUGGUGCUGUCGGCAGUCUUCUUGAGGAAUUCAAAGCGAAAUGCUGUACAUUUCGCAGAUAUACUGAUCUCUGCAUUUACUUUGAUCCCAUGGUAUAUGAAGAUCUUCGAGAAUUCACUCUUCUCUGUAUGGAUCCACAUUUGGUUCCAUUCCGUCAAAAUCGGAUUCCAUCGGAUGUUACACCAUCCUCGGCAAAAUCUUUCUUCAAUAUGGUUGCUGAAGGAGCCGGUAAGGCUUUUAGCGCCUUCUUGUCUGUUGGUGAACAAAUUGUGGGAGGUGGAAUCGGUGAUAGAAAUUGUAUGGAAACAGAUUUGCUGGCCAGGCGUAUACGAAAUGUCAUGACGCAGUUAACCCAACAGUACCUCAACGCGAUGCUUAUUUCUGCCAUUGAAAGAGCUGACCUCCCAAUCAUCCAUAUACUUCUGGAUUUCGGCUUCAGACUUCAGGGAGUCCCACGGCCUUCCAUGUGCUUUCCAAAUGCGGUGGAUAUUUCAACUGUUGUCAAGAGAGAAAAUAGUUUAGAAACUCGAAGAAAUCCAUUAGAAUGGCGUCUGGAAACUCCAGGAGGUCCUGAUUGGUUGUUGACUGCCUUGCAGACCGCCGAAGAUACGCCUAUUUUGGCCGCAAUUCGCAAGAACCUUCUUCAGGAGGAUGUCUUUGAUCAACUCCUCAAAGAGGGAGGGCACUUGUUGCUGCUUCCUGGAGCGGGAGGCAUCCUGCCGAUUCAUCUAAUGGCUGCCUUGGGGCGAAUUGAAAUGCUCUCCGCGGUGCUCCACUUAAAUGAUCCAAGGUAG